CUCGUUUCCACAGCCCAGCUGGCACAGCCAGACCUCGGUCACGUUGCACUGUGUGAGGAGACUGCACCCUAGUGGUGAAGCAAAAAAUGAAAAUGGCAUUUAACUAGUGACUUAUUUAAAGAAAGCAUUUUUUCUUUUGGUAACUGUACAUUAAGUGUCUCUGUGUAUUUACAUAGCAGUUACUUAGUAAAUGCUUGUGUGCUUACACAUCAUUACAGUGGUAUUAUGCAUAGCUACAAUGUACUUAAUGUGUCAAUAUUUUUGCAUGAUAUAUGGAAGAACACAAUAGUGUCAGAAAAGGGUCAUAUCGUGCAAAAGGAUUUUAUGGAAAACUACAAAGCGGUAUCAUGUAAUUCAAUAUGUUAACAUAACAUUAUUCAGCAGGUUUCAUUCCACUUUAUGAAGCACAAUUAGUUGUGAUGCAAAACCUUUGGCCAGAGCUGUAGCUUGAGUAUUAGUUUGCGGUAAAACAGCAACAGAUGUCCUUCGUAAAGUUAAUGCACUGAGUGUGAGGUGACCCUCCAGAGAGGGGAGUCAGUAAGUCUCUCUCCGGGGGAGUUGUCUUCAUACCAGCGCUGGGAGCUCCCAGUCCUUCACAAGACCCUGAGCUCUCCAUACCAGCGCUGGGAGCUGUGAGCAGAAGACAGCCAGGACUGCAGCUCCCAUCGUCACCCAGACAGCUCAACUGCAGAAGCUGCCCAUUCUAUAAAAAGAGAGAGGACUGGGGGAUGAAGAUGACAUCAGCUCUGCACAGACUCACAAGAGCUCUGCUUCUGCUGUGCUGCAUUCAAGCCUCCAGGGGGCAGCAGGCAUUCCGGAUACAGCCCGACAACGUGACGCUCGUGGAAGGGGGCACGGGGGUGCUGCAGUGCCACGUGGAGGGGGUCACGGGUGCAGUCCAGUGGGUUAAAGAUGGACUGCUGCUGGGUCCCAAUCGAAGCAUGCCAGGGUUCCCUCGGUACAGCAUGGCUGGAGACGAGGGGAAAGGGGAAUUCAACCUGCAGGUAGAACGGGUGACUCUGGAGGAUGACUCCCCCUACGAGUGCCAAGUGGGACAGUCCGAGAGCAGCAUUGGAAUCAUCUCCCAUACUGUGUGGGUCACUGUGCUGAUCCCUCCAGGCAAGCCUGUGAUUGAGGAGCACAGCGGGGUUUCUGAAGUGGAGUGGGUGGCAGGUGUGGAGUACACCGUCUCCUGCAGUGUGACAGACACCAAGCCAGCCUCUGAGCUCAAAUUCACCAAGAGUUCAAAUGAGCUGUCUGGAGUCGAGGUAAAUGUCCUCCCAGGGUCACAGGAGAAACUUCAGAACACACGAGCGGUUGUGAGGGUGACCCCUCAGAGUUGGGACAAUGGGAAUCGGAUGGUGUGCCUGGCAAUGAAUGAGGCCGUGUCUCAGCCUGUGGAGACUGGCUUUACAAUGAGAGUGUUGUUCCCCCCUCAGCCCCCCCGGAUUGAGGGGUACGAUCGCCCCGAGGUGAAGGCAGGGGAGACCCUAAGUCUAGAGUGCAAGUCCAUCGGGGGAAACCCACUCGCCACGCUGCAGUGGUCAAAGAACGACGAGGUCAUCUCCACUAGCUGGGACACCGUCUCCUUGACCAACACCGCCCGCAGCCCGCUGUCUCUGCACAUCCAACCUGAAGACAACAUGGCCAGACUGACCUGCGAGGCGGUCAACCAAGUCACUCCUGUCCCCCUCCAACACACCAUCACUCUGCGAGUAGUCUUCCUGCCCUCGGAGGUGAAGAUCCUGGGCUCCUCCAGCAUUGCUGAGAAGAAGCAGCUCUCCCUCUCCUGCUUCACGGCCGCCAGUAACCCGCCGGUGCAGAUCCGCUGGUGGCUGGGCUUCAGAGAACUCACCACCACCGAGGUGACCAUCACUGAGGCGUCCAAUGGUGGGAGAGUGACCAUGUCCAACCUGACCCACACGGUGUCCCGAGAGGAGAAUGGGCUGCAGCUGACGUGCGAGGCUUUCAAUGAGGCUAUCCGCUUCACCAAGAGCGAGAGCGUCCUGCUCCGCGUGCUCUACCCCCCUCAGAAGAUUUGGAUCGAAAGCCCUCCGGAGGGGAAGCAGUUCAAGGCAGGGACCGAGGUCAAACUCACCUGCUUCUCCAGUGGAGGGAACCCAACGGGCAGCCUCACCUGGUACAAGGACAACAAGUCCGUCAGGUACGUCCCGUCUGCGAUCGUUUCGGGGAUGAUGGCGUCCCGACAGCUGAUUAUCACAACACAGCCCGAUGAUAACCUGGCGACCUACAGAUGCAACGCAACCAAUGAGGCGAAAGCUCCGCCCCUCACCGCCACCACCAAACUCCACGUGCAGUUCCCGCCGAUGAACGUGAAGAUCUCUGCUUCAGCAAAGCAAGUCAAGAGAGGCCAGUCUCUCACACUGACCUGCACUACAGGGAGCAGCAACCCAGUGGCCAAUAUCUCCUGGUUCAAGAAUGGGGAAAGGCUGCGUGGGUUUGACCUGGGGAAGAAGAAAGCGGAGCAUGGAGGCGAGUCGACGAUGGGCCGGGUCUAUAUCAAAGCCGUCUCCUCUGAUAACGGGAAGCGAGUGACAUGCCAGGCAUACAGCGCUGUGCUGACACAGGGGGUGAACACCUUCUACAGGCUCGACGUGCUCUACCCCCCCGAGUUCUCCCCAGACCAGCAGCGGGUGGUCCAAGCUGUGGAGCACGACGCAGCCCGCCUGCCGCUGAGGGUAUCGGCCAAUCCAGACAACAUCAGCUACACCUGGACCUAUCAUGGAGAGAACCUGAUAAAAGAGGGCGCGCUGCGCCACCACCUCAAGGACGGAGGGGAGCUGGAGAUUUGGAACCUGACCCGCACAGACGCCGGGGAUUACAAGAUCCUCUGCAAAAACACGGAGGGCGAGAACGAGACCCUCAUCAAACUGGACGUGCAGUACUCUCCCUCAAUAAAGAGCCUGCAGGAUCCCACGGAGGUGGAUCUCGGGGACACUGCGGAGAUUGUCUGCACCGCCGACGCCAAUCCUGUCACCCCGGGCAUGUUCCGGUGGGGCUGGCUGGGCGAGGAGGAGCGGGAGCUGACAGCUGAUCAGCAGGUCGCGGAGGGGGCGACAGGGAAGCUGGUCAUCACAGAGACCAAACGCUCAGACGCUGGACUCUACGAGUGCACAGUGGACAACGGCAUCGCGCCCCCAGCCAAGCAGGCAGUGCGGCUCGUUGUGCGCUUCAAACCGGAGCUGCAGAAAGGCGUGCAUCUGAGUAAAGUGGCCACCUCUGGAGAUGGGAGCAAAACCGCCACCUUGAGCUGCAAAGCAGAGGGCAUCCCCAAAGUGGAAUACAGCUGGGCCAAGAAUGGAGUGGGUCUGGACCUCAAUCACCCAAGGUACUCGGAGGAUACUGUGCACGAGGGUGCUCUCCACACCAGCACUCUGACCAUCAUCAACGCGAGUGCUGCCCUGGACUACGCCAUCUUCACCUGCACCGCUCGCAACAAGCUGGGACUCGACGUCUUCCACAUCCAGCUCGUCAGCACCAGUCGGCCGGACCCACCCACGGGGUUACAGGUUGCCAGCGUGACCCACAACUCCGUCACCUUGCAGUGGACGGCGGGCUUUGACGGGGGUCUGGAGCAAAAAUUCAGGGUCAGGUAUCACUGGGAGGAAGCUGCCAGCUUCAUGUACGUGGAUGUGUUCCCCCCCCAAGCCACCACAUUCACGAUCACCGGCCUCAACGCAGAGACUCCCUACAACUUCUCCGUCAACGCGCUCAACCUGCUUGGGGAGAGCGACUACGCUGACGGCAAUGCAGUGCUGACAGUCACCACUAGAGAGAAACCAGAAAAGGACGACAAGAUACCAAGCCCGCCUGAGACAGCGGAGACGUCCCCUACAGAGGGCCCUGUGCUGCCACUCUAUCUCAUUGUGGUGUUGGCGGUGGUUGGCGGAGUCCUGCUGAUUCUUAACUCCGCCCUCGUGGCCUGCCUUGUCAAGAAGUGGAGGACUCACCACAGUGACGCAGCAGGUUCAGAAGGGAAGAAAGGAGAAGGAGAAGGGUCCAGUUUGACGAAGCCCAAUGAGUAUGGAGGAGGGGAACUCCUCAACAAGGCAGCCAGACAGACUCUGCUCAUCGACAGCUGCUCUGAGCUCAGCUCCAGUGUGUACGAGAGCUAUGAAGGGGACAGUGCCUCAGAGCGCGGUCACUAUUACUACCCCGCGAGCGACUUCCGCCCUUCCCUCUACCCCCACCAGGAGGCACCAGAGUGUCUGAGCGAGGGGACGAGCAGCUUUGCAGGGCAUUGGGAUCAGAGGCGGGAUGCUCAUGAGUAUGAGCAGGUGAGAGAUGCCAGCCUGUAUGAGGAGGUGGGGAGACCGUACCCCCCUCCCCCUUCCUCGGGGUACUACCACAGCGUGCUGGACAGGCAAGGACGAGCGCUGCUGGACCCACGGCAAGGUUCAGACCCCACUGGAGCCUAUCAGAGAAGAGGGCGGGGCCAAUCGGAAUACGAGGAUCCAAUGAGAGUCUACGACAGCGUGGCUGAGUACACACCCUCCUGGAGAGACUAUGAGACGCCCUCUGAGAUGAGAGGAGAGCUGGUGUGAGGGCCUUUGAAUUGGAGAGCAGGGGCUAGUUAGCCUGUGGAAAUGACACGAUGCAAGAAUUCCAGUGAGGGAGCAGCUUUACUCCACUGGCUUGAGAACAUGCAGAGAGAAAUGGAAAGUCUGCUUUUAUGUAUUGUUGAACUUAAACGCACACACGCUUAAAAUCUGUUUCAAUGCACUUUUGUGAAAAGGAGUCAGUGUUUCAGCAUGCUUAAAACAUUAGCUGUUAGUGGGGAGUAGAACAUGAUUGAUCAUUCCUGUAAUAGCAAGGUGUGCUAUGUAAAAAAUGACAAUCAAAGAAAAUGCACCAUGCAUCAUUUUGAAGUGAAUGUGAGUUUUGCUUUUAAGCUUGAAAACAUUUAUUGUUCACUUUUCUAUUAACUGAUCGAUGCUGUUUCCUUCUUUUUCUAAAAUCCAAAAGUGCAUUUUUCUUAAGUUUUCUGUGUAUUUAUUUUCAACAAUCAAAAAAAAAAAGAUUUGGAAUAAUGCCAUGUAUACUCGUACAUUCUGAUCUUAACAGGGUAGAUUUUCCAAAAAUAAAAGUUUAAAAAAAAAAUGACUAGUGUUUUAUAGAAGACACGCGCGCUGGCGGGCUGAAUGGACUCCUCUCAUUCACAGAUCACCGCAUGUUCUCGUACCACAGCAGCUGCCCUUGAUGCAGUACAGACCAUUGGUUGUUGAAGUUGGGGAUUUCCGCAGCAGCUUGCAUGCGGUUAACACAGUUUUAUCACUUCCUCUGUUUGUUUUUUUGGUACCUGUGUUUUCAAACGCAUCUGCACGCACACUCAUCUUACAGAAAACCCCACUGGCUUUGCAUGAUAAUCCCAGAGUGUUAACAUAUGUCUUGCAGUCAGACUAUCUCGGGGUGGUCAACAGAAAUGGUUUAGUCUGGUUGUGGAGUCAUUUGGAGAUGUACAGUAUGCACUAUUACAUUCUUCUACUAAAAUCUAUUUGCACAAAACAGUUCUGAAGUAGACUGUUUGAUGUCUUCACUCAACAAAAUAAUGAUGGAAACCUUGUCUCUGUGGGUGCCAAGAAAGUAAAUAAUUGUUCCUGUAACUUCCUCCGCCUGGCAGAGAGAGAGAGCGAGCGAGAGAGAGAGAGAGCGAGAGAGAGAGCGAGAGAGAGAGAGAUGUAGGAUGAGUAACAGCCUAGUCAGGAAGUUACUCACAAGGAGGGGGCUGACAGUUAGUUCACAGCACUGGAGGUUGGAGACAGAGCUCCGCAGAGUCAAGGUAGACGCACGGAUGGCUUUCUUAAGGACGCACAGGAAGUUGCAUGUGGUUUUGUUCCUGAUCCCAGUCGUGCUGCUGGUCUCAUUUGGCGAAUCCACGACGGUCCCAGAAUCCACGACGGUCCCAGAAUCCACGACGGUCCCAGAAUCCACGACGGUCCCAGAAUCCACGACGGUCC